AUGCCCAAGUCAGCACAAUGCCACACAAUGAAGAAAAUGCAUAAGGCUCAGGGUCCACCUGCUGAAAAUGCAGAAUGUGACAUGUUAUGUUCCCCUUCCAGUUUCAUUGCUGUUCCCAAUGGUGAUGAGGCUGGCCCAUCUAUAUACUCAUUUGAUGAUGAAAAAUUCAAAACUGAGUUUCAUCCACACAGCAACCAGCCUCUGCUUUGUCAAAGUUUUGAUGACAACUAUGGUGUUGGCAACUUUGAGUUUAUGGAGAUUGCCCUGGAAGCAAGCCUAAAUUGGAAACAAGCCAACACUUUGUUAGAUCUCAUUGGCCAUGUUGCAAAAGGGGCUGCUUGGGUGACUCUCAAGAAUGAUGUCAAGUUUCAAAAAGCCUGUGAUGCUGCAGCAGCAGAGCUCACACUGCAUGAUGGACAUGGAUUUGAAUGCUUCCAUGAUGAGCCCUGGACAGGCAACAGCUGGUGGGACAUUCAAUCCUCCUUGCCAGAAGUUCUGAAUGCUGUACCAUUUUCCUUUAUUAUUUACACCAACAAAACCAAAUUAUCAUUGUUUGGCACUGCAAAGGGCUAUCCUGUUGUGGUCUGUUGUGUGAACCUCCCAGUAGAGAUACAGAAUAGCCACACAAUUGGGGGAGGCUGCAUCAUUGGAUGGUUACCAGUCCCCAAGGAUGCUGAAGAAGAGGGCAAAUUAGGAUACAUAACUCUUAAGUGCAUUGUUUGGCACAAGUCAUUUUCUAGACUUCUCAGUGACAUUAUGCAGCACUCAAAAACUGGGUAUAUCCAUAUGUCACACCAUGACCAAGUAACCUGUUGGUUGUUUCCUGUCAUAUUGAUAUUGUCUGCAGAUUACAAGGAACAAUGUAUGAUGUUGCUUAUCCAUGGCCACACUGGCAAAUGCCCAUGCCCAGUGUGUCUCAUUCCAUUAGGGGAGCUUCACAAUAUUUCCAAAACAUAUCCACUUCAUUCCAUGGAUGAGGCACAGUGUGCCAUGCACAUUUACAGACACAGCCACACUGAGGGUGAAAAGGUGCUUAAGGCACUUGGGUUGCAGCCCAUUGAUAAUGUUUUCUGGCUCAUCUGCAAUUCUGACCUUUAUGGUGCACUCAGCUUUGACCACCUACAUUUUCUACAUGGUGGUCUAUGGGGAAAGCACAUACUAUGGGACAUCUUGAGAAUUCUGAAUGUCCUUGGGUGCAAUGCUGAAACCAAUGUUGAGAACUAUAAGUCUGGUCUUGUUUUCAUUCCAUGUGCUUACUAUUCUAUGCUACAGGCAAUGUUCUAUGCAUUGCUGAAUGUUUUUACCAGGACAGCCAUACCCAAAGGCUAUUGUCUUCUCCACAUCCUCACAAGUUAUCUCCAGCUGGACAGUUUGAUAGGUUUGGACAUGCAUACUGAACAAACAAUAGAAAUGAUAGAUGCAGAGUUGCUGAAAUUUGACAAUGAACUGAAGGCAUACAUUGAAUGUGUGAAUAAAUCUGGGUUAGAAGAGCUGUGGGUGGCCUGGGACUUUCCAAAGGUGCACCUUUGGAAACAUGUAGCACAUGAUAUCCAGAUGAAGGGUGCCACCAGGAACUACAGCAUGCACCUGAAUGAGAGUAUGCAUGGCCCUAUCAAGGAGGCAUAUGAGUGUAUUAUCCUACAUGUGGAUGAACAUAAGCUUUCUGCCAAGCUGCUCAGAAUGUGUGUUGAUAACUACAAAAACUGGACCCAAAUGCAAGGUGAACCUGCAGGCACUGAGGGUGAAUGCAACAAUGAUCAAUCUGGAUCAUUCAUGGCAUUUGGUCAUGUCUAUCUUGGUUCCUCUUCCAAAUCAUCUACUGUACAGGACACUGAGGCCAGUUGCAGUGUCUCUGACAUUGCCUUUAUAACAGAAUACAGAUACCUCAAAGUGAACUACAAGUCAUCUGUUGAUUGGAAAGUUGUUACUGACCAUCUGCAAUGCAAUCUGUCAUUCUAUGGGCAGCCUCAGUAUGAUUGCACUCUCAUUCAACUCAUGGGGACAGAAACUGCAUUUUUCCACCUCAUUUCUAUCUUCACCUGUGAUGUCCCAGUUGACAUUGAUCUCUGGCUUAUCUGCAUCAAGGCUGCUCCUCACAACAACCCCAUAUUCAUUCCCAUUCAAUCCAUUCUUUGUGGUGCAGUGGUAGCUCCUGACCCUUCAUGCCCCAGCAAGUUUUUUGUUGUCAAUCAUAUUGAUGGAGAUAUGUCUCUAGGCAUGAAAUCUCAAACAUAG